AUGACCUCCAAGCUUCUUGAUGAUCCCAAAUGCCCAGGUGAUGUUGAUUUUCAUAAUAGUGAUUGGGAUAUUAAGACAAUCACCAGCUCCUUAAAAUUCUACCUCAGGAAUCUUUCUGAACCUGUCAUGACCUAUAAGCUUUACAAAGAGCUGGUCUCUGCUGCCAAGUCUGACAACCUGGAUUAUCGGCUGGGAGCUAUUCACUCCCUGGUAUAUAAGCUACCAGAAAAAAACCGAGAGAUGCUGGAACUUCUGAUAAGACAUUUGGUUAAUGUGUGCGAGCACAGCAAAGAAAAUCUUAUGACUCCCUCCAACAUGGGGGUAAUCUUUGGGCCCACGCUGAUGAGAGCUCAGGAGGACACUGUGGCUGCCAUGAUGAACAUCAAAUUUCAGAACAUUGUGGUGGAAAUCCUAAUUGAGCACUUUGGCAAGAUCUAUUUAGGUCCACCUGAGGAAAGCACCGCACCCCCAGUGCCUCCACCUCGGGUGACAGCAAGAAGACACAAACCAAUCACAAUUUCAAAACGUUUGCUCCGGGAAAGGACAGUUUUCUAUACAUCUUCUCUGGAUGAAAAUGAAGAUGAAAUCCAAUUUCAAACACCUAAUGGAACUAUCAGCAGUAGCACAGAGGCCCCCAAGCUACUACAGCACCCAAAACUGCCUUUACAAAGAAGUGGAGAAACUGAUCCUGGGAGGAAGUCUCCAAGCAGACUUCCUUCAGAUAGCAAGUUGGAAACAUGCCCUGAGGUGGAUGUGGGAAAAUUGGCUUUUAGGUUACAGGAUGGAGGGACCAAGGCCAACCCAAAGGCCACUAAUGGACCCCUGCCAAGCUCUGGGCCUGCCAAAACUUCCUCAUUCCAUAUAAAGAGACCAGCUCCUCGACCUCUAGCUCAGCACAAGGAAGGAGAUGCUGACAGUUUCAGCAAAGUGCGACCUCCAGGAGAAAAACCAACCAUCAUCCGUCCCCCAGUGAGACCCCCAGACCCUCCCUGCCGAGCAGCUACUUCCCAGAAGCCAGAACCAAAACAAGAUGUUAUGGCUGGCAAUGCAGGGGAAAUUCCAUCAUCUGUGGUGGCUUCCAGGACCAGAUUCUUUGAAACAGCUUCCCGGAAGACAGGAAGUUCUCAAGGCAGACUUCCUGGAGAUGAAAGUUGAAGCCUCAGAUUUUAAAAGCCUUGGCCACAGGGGACCCACUCAAGGUUCUGAAAUGGUCUUAUUCAAACCCUUGUGUGCUGAGUCAUUUUAUGCUGAAGAGCAGCUCCUUCCUGGCCCUGCACCUUUAGGUUCUGGAAAGCCAUUAAAUAAGGAGCACAUGUCCUAGAUACUCAUUAAUUUUUCCUUUGUACUAUGUCAUCAUCCCUUCAGAAGGUCUAUCUUGAGUUCCUAUAGCACUGUGAAUGGCUGGACUCCUACAAGCCAGACUUUGCCAAAACCAAGAUAUCCACUGACCUGAGGUAAAGAGGGGAGUCCAAGUUUGAACUCUUCACUGAACUUCCUGCUUCCUCAAAAGACCAUCAAACUCUGGAAGAUUUGGGGCUAAAGACUAAUCUCAGGGAUCUUACCCUGAACUUUAGUUGGGGCCAUUUCCUACCUUAGUUGAAGGGGAGAAGGAAUGCUUGCUGAACAUUGAAGAAUCCGUGUCUCUUGCUGAAGAUAUGGACAGCCAUGCCAAGUUCGCACUCUGGCAUUACAACAUGUUGCCAAGGGCUGUCUUCUCCUGUGGUGCCACAUAGCAUGGGUGAUGCCUCCACAACUUCUCUAUGUGGACUUGAGAAGGCAGCCUUCUUGCUUUUACAUAAAACUGCUUAAGAAAAUUUUGUAAAGCACA